AUGAAAAGGAGUUUAACAGACACUUCAGCUCGUAGCACAGCAGGAUGUCUGCCAUUACCUCUGUUCAACCAGAAAAAAAGAAAUAGACAGCCUCUCACUUCAAAUCCACUUAAAAAUGAGCCUUGUACCAGUGCUGGGACUCGAGCUUAUGACUUUUCUCCCACAUCAUCGGAAUUAGGUUGGGGAAUUGCAAACCCAGAAGUGGCUGAACUACAGAAAGCAGCAAAUAGUGGACAAACAGAACAUCAGAUGGCUCCCUCCCUUAUGAAGCCACACAAUGCAUCAAAGUCUAAUUCAGCAAAUAAUGGAGAAAACUUGUAUGCCUUCAGGGCAGAAGAGAAGACUACCAAUACUAAAGGUUGGAACAGAAGUGUAUAUACUCCUUUAAGUAACAGAACAGAUUUUAUAUCUGAUAGUGGAAUUAUUCGAAAGUUUGAGAACAUUUCAAGUAGUCUGAAAACUAUUCAGCAGCAAAAAAACGCUGAUAACCAUAAUUCUUCUCAGCAUAUCAAAACAAUAGAAGCCAGCCAGACAUACUCAUCUAAAGCACAGUGGCCAGUGAAACCUAACACUUUAUCAAGAAGUCUGCAGGAGCAUAGUGUGGCAUAUAAAUUUAACCAAAAUAUGCAGCAAAAUAAAAUGAAUGAAAAACAAUUUGAUUGUGUUCAAGAAGACAAAAUUCAGGAAGUUUCAUCAUCUCAGUUAAAACUUAAAGAAAAACAGAAUUCUUUGCGAAUCAUAUCUGCAGUCAUUGAAAGUUUGAAGCACUGGAGUCAGUAUACUUACAAAACUGCACUGUUAUUUGAAGUUUUAGGCACACUCGAUUCUGCAGUCACACUUGGAGCAUAUGGGGCAAAGAAUUUUCUUUUGAGAGAUGGAAAGGAGAGUCUGCCAUGUGUAUUUUAUGAAAUUGACCGGGAGCUUCCAAGACUGAUUAGAGGUCGAGUGCACAGGUGCAUGGGAAAUUAUGACACAAAAAGGAACAUUUUCAAGUGUGUCUCUGUAAGACCAGCAACUAUUCCAGAACAAAACACAUUCCAAGAAUUUGUUAAAAUUGCAGAUGUUGAGAUGACAGCAUAUGUAAAAACAAUGAAUGAAAUUUAA